GAGGACUCGGCGCGGCGACUCCACGAGCCUCUCCGAGCGCCGACUUCACGGCGGUCGGAGUUCGAGCCUCGAGCUUCCCAAGGCUUCUCCGUUCCAGCCUUCGUUCCGCGUCACCGUAAUGUAAACACGCAGAGCCGAGAGCGCGACCGUUCGCUCCGUUUCCGGGGCCAGGCCGCGGUAGUGCCUCCCGCGCGGCAGCCGAGGACUCUCGUACCCUUCGACGUCCGUCUCACCGCGUGUACCCUACAUACGCGACAACACGUCACGCAGGAAGUCGUUGGCCGAGUUGACUCCCCGACGGAUUCGCGACGACAUUCACGCUGAACUUCCGCGAGGGAGCUCGACGUUUGACAGCCGCGGGUUAACCCUCGGCUCUCCGCGCUCGACUCCGCGGCCCCCCUUUUUUUUUAUGAAGAUAGCAGAGUUCGUGUUUUGUACUCGUCUACGUCUUGGUUUUCGUUGUGCAGUUUGUGGCAUAGGUUCAGAGCUCAAGUCAGGAAACGAUGAAUGCCUCAGAACAUGGGUUUAACCCAGCCUUUAACAUGGCCUCCAUAAAGCAGGCUUUCAAUGAGGCUGUGGAAAGAGUCUCGACAGUUAGGAUGCCUGUGCCGACGCGGUUGAGGGAUCUGAUUAGACAAAUACGGGCUGCACGAACGGCAGCGGAAGAGAGGACGGUCGUGAAUAAGGAAUGCGCGUAUAUUCGCUCGACCUUUAGGGAAGAAGACAGCGUAUGGAGAUGUCGCAAUAUCGCCAAGUUACUGUACAUUCAUAUGUUGGGGUAUCCAGCGCAUUUUGGUCAAUUGGAAUGUUUGAAACUCAUCGCUUCGCCCAAAUUUACCGAUAAACGAAUUGGUUAUUUGGGAGCCAUGCUGUUGCUGGACGAGCGGCAAGACGUACAUCUCCUGAUCACGAAUUGUCUAAAAAAUGACUUGAACAGUUCUACACAGUUUGUCAUUGGUCUGGCGUUGUGUACCCUUGGUGCAAUUGCGUCCCCGGAAAUGGCAAGGGAUUUGGCGUCCGAGGUGGAGAGAUUGAUGAAGUCGCCGAACGCGUACAUCCGAAAGAAAGCGGCGCUCUGCGCCUUUCGGAUCAUCAGACGCGUGCCGGAACUGAUGGAGAUGUUUCUGCCGGCUACCCGCAGCCUGAUCACCGAGAAGAAUCAUGGAGUCCUCAUUACCGGCGUUACCCUCAUCACGGAGAUGUGCGAGAACAGCGUCGACACGCUGAAUCACUUCAAAAAGGAAUGCGGCCAUCGUGAGAUCGUGCCAAACCUCGUAAGAAUCUUGAAGAACCUGAUCUUAGCUGGAUACUCGCCCGAGCAUGAUGUAUCCGGAGUAUCGGAUCCGUUUCUUCAGGUGAAGAUACUGCGUCUCCUACGUAUUCUGGGACGCAACGACGUCGAUACGUCCGAAGCCAUGAACGACAUUCUUGCUCAAGUCGCCACUAACACGGAAACCACCAAAAACGUCGGUAACACGAUACUCUACGAGACGGUUCUAUCGAUCAUGGACAUCAAGUCGGAGAGCGGGCUUCGAGUCCUAGCGGUCAACAUACUGGGCAGAUUUUUAUUGAAUAACGACAAGAAUAUCAGAUACGUGGCCUUGAACACGUUAUUGAAGACGGUUUACAUGGACACGAGCGCGGUGCAGAGGCAUCGAUCGACAAUUCUAGAAUGCCUGAAGGACCCAGACGUAUCGAUCAGAAGACGCGCGAUGGAGCUGAGUUUCGCGCUCGUGAAUACCAACAACAUCAGAAACAUGAUGAAGGAGUUACUCUUGUUCCUGGAACGUGCCGAUCCAGAAUUCAAGGCGCAAUGCAGCAGCAAUAUUGUGAUGUCUGCGGAGAGAUUCGCUCCGAAUAAACGCUGGCACCUCGAAACGCUCUUCAAAGUGCUUGUCGCGGCUGGUAAUUACGUGCGAGACGACGUGGUAGCGUGCACGAUUCAAUUAAUUUCGGAGACGCAGCCACAGCAGGGCUAUGCUGUUGGCGCGUUGUGGCGUGCGUUAGAAAAGGACACAUCCGACAAGCAGCCCUUGGCACAAGUUGCCACGUGGUGCAUCGGCGAGUAUGGCGAUCUGUUAUUGUACGGUCCACCGUCGGAAGAUGCCGAGACUCCAGUCAAUUUGACAGAAGACGAAAUUAUCGACGUGUAUCAGAGGUUACUUUGGAGUCCGCAGAACACUGUUGUUACGAAACAGUAUACCUUAUUGUCCCUCACGAAAUUAAGCACGAGGUUCCAGAAAGGUCACGAGAAAAUUCGUCAGAUCAUAGAUACGUUUGGUAGCAACUUGCAUAUCGAAUUACAGCAGAGAGGUAUCGAAUUCUCGCAGUUGUUCCGAAAGUACGAUCACCUGCGGCCUGCGCUGCUCGAGAGAAUGCCGCCGAUGGAAACUGCGCGACCGCAGGCCAAUGGUAUCAUAGGCCUGGUGAACGGCGAGCCAGAACCGGAAGACGAGAAGUCCACGAUUCUGGAAUCAGCCACGACUACAUCCGAUUCAAGUGCACUUUUAGAUUUACUUGGAACUACGGAUGUAGGAGUGACGAUGCCGGUGGCGACGACCAACAAAAAUUCCUCGCCGAGUUCGACCACGGCGCAUAACAAUGACCUGUUGGAUUUGCUCGGAAGUUUAGAUUUGAAUACGCCUACGCCCGUCGCUCCCACGCUACCACUUCAACCGCAGUCACCAUCCACACCGAUGUUCAGUCCCACGAACAAUAGUAACUUCUUAGUAGAUGGAUUGCUCAAUACUCCGUCGGUGCAAAAUGAACUACCGAACAUGAUGAUCUUCGACAAAUCAGGGCUCAAAAUAACGUUUAAAUUGGAAAGACCGCCCGAUAUUCCCGAUCUAUUAGUCAUAAAUAUGUUGGCUCAAAACUCCGGAAGCACCAUUUUAACCGAUUUCCUGUUUCAAGCAGCAGUUCCUAGGACAUUCCAACUACAAAUGUUAUCGCCGUCGAGUACUGUCAUUCCGCCGUCUGGUCAAGUAACUCAAGUGUUGAGAGUGACAAAUAUGAAUAGAGCAUCGUUAAGGAUGAGACUGCGUAUAUCAUAUACGGGCCCGACUGGACCAGUUCUGGAACAGACGGAAGUCAAUAACUUUCCCGUUUCGACAUCGCAGUGACAAGAUGUAAUACAAAAUACAUUUGUACAUAUGCCUGCCUAAAGAUAAUUGAUCGAAUUUUGAAAGGGAUUGGGAAAAAGAUGAAGUGCAAUUUCGUCUCUCCGUCAAGAACAGUGAAAUAUACAACUUGGCAAAUGGAUAUAUUUAACACACACACACAGACGUUUGUAUUAAUUAAGCAAUCUUUGUAUGCGCAACACCGACAAGGCAUGACCUAAACUUUAUAAGAGAGACUUUAGGUAUGUCAAAAAGUAUGAUAAUUUAAUUUCGCGUGCGAUUUGUUCAGUAUAUUCUGAAAACUCAUUCGCAAUGAAAAGUGAAAUAUUAAUUCUCUUCCGCGCGUAUAUAAAGGCUGUCGCGAGUAAUGUGAUAUUAACGUCGCGGUCUUUCAAAAAUUACGUUUUGUAUUACUGUUGUCUAUCGUUCUCGUAAUGUGCCGCACGUGUGUGGAAAAAAAAGGAAGAGAGAAGAAAGAGAUGUAAAUAUUUUUUCUAACCGAAACACGCGGAGGAAGUUAGAGAGAUGUCGUACUCCGAUCGGUUGCAUUCCCGCUGUUUUACGGCUACUAAUUUAGCGCGUAAUUUCUCCUCACGUAGGCUAAAUGAGAUAGAAAACGAAGAGACAUAGGGAAAGACGAGUGUAAGACAACAGAAACACAUCAGACACAUCACACGCCACUCGAGAACAAUAGAACAUGAGAAAGCCUGGAAGGAUUCGAAGGGAGGUUCCGUCACCGAAAGUGCUCUGUCGUUGCCCCAAAAAGUUAUCUAUAUGAGAAGGCGCUUAACUCUCGCUGUAACUAAAAAAAAA